AUGGGGCCACAUUUUGAGAAAUCCGUUUGUCUCGCGAGUGGAAUAUCUUUUUCCCUACUUGCGCUACUUAUAACAGUUUUUAAUGGUGUGACUGUGAUUGCGUUGUAUAGAGAUCCCCUUCGUCGCUUCAGAAAAACGUUUUCCGUGUUUUUGAUAUUCAUUGCUGCGAUGGAUCUGUUCGUUGGCAUUGUUGUUAGCCCAGCAGAGGCUGUGAUAAGGCUUCUCUGUGCAUUUGGAGACAAUUCUUCCCCCAAGGAAGGAGAUGUUCCCAGAAUAUUGGGAUACAUUGGAGUUAACAGCUCAAUUUUGCUUGCUACAGCCAUGUCGGUCGAUCGUUUAUUUUCUGUUGUUUGUCCCCACUUCUAUCUUCGUAAAGUCAGACCAAAAACCAUCGCCUUCUGUAAUGCAACCAUUGUUGUUUUAUCUUCCAUUUUCGCCUCUCUUCAGCUUGCUGAUGUGUCACUGGAUGUUUACGUUUUAGUCGACAUUCACCUACAUACGACGUUUCCUCUUGUCACAACUAUAUUGGCCUACACUGGGAUUUUUAUAGCUUUGAAAAAGAGCCGCUCUCGUAUUGAUUUCCAAAGACAUUCAUCGGUCCCUGACAACCCAACACUUCGCGACCUACGAAGAGUAAAAAACACCCAAAAACAGCAGCGAUAUGCCACGACUUCGUUUUUCAUCCUAUUUUUUCUUAUUAUUUGUCUGGUUCCCUAUUUCGUGGUCAUUCUUAUUGAAGCAGACUGUGACGGCUGCCACGAGCAGAAAUGGUGGUUAAUUUUAAAAGUAACUUCCGAGAUAUUUCUGUUCGUUAAUUCAACAGUGAAUCCUAUUUUGACUACAUUUAGACUUAAUGAACUGAAGCAGUCAAUUUUAGUCCUUUUUUUCAGAAGAGAUAACAUCAGUAAUGUGGCAGAUUUGGGAGAUCAACAUUUCCAAAUAUCGUCAGCAAAUUAA